AUGUCUGCUGCUUCACUCAGCAGUAACAGAAGACAGCAAGAGAAAAAAAUACAACAGAGCUCUGGAGCUACCGCUGGAUUUUUAAUGGGGAAUAGGCAGCAACCUCUCCUCAGGAUGGAGCAUUUAUGAGGAGGCUUGCUGUGCCAGUCUUGCAGGAAAUGUCCACAUACUUAGCCUUAGAGGGAAGGAGGAUUUCUAACAGAGUAGCUGACGCUGCUCUUUGGGGCAUGAAAACUGUGUGAGGAGCUCCAGGAGAAUUUCCUCCGAUUAACCGGAAAGCUUUGAUCUUCUCGCAGCUUUUUUUUUCUUUGUUUUUUCUCUCCACGUGAUCCAACCUGUGGUUCCACAGGUCAAGGCGAAGUUUAAAACAUGACCGCCAUGCAAAAGCUGCUGCAGCUGCCGGUGAACGCGGUGAACAUGGUGAAGACCGUGCAAAGUCAGGUCCAAGGCCAGGAGGAGGACAAGAGCCCCGUGCUGACUCCCGAUAGCGGGCAGCAGGCUUGGUACAGCGCCCUCCAGCCUGAUGAGCUGCGCCACCUCCGAUCUGGAGGUACAGGUGGAGGAGGAGGAGGUGACCAGGAGGAACGAGCCCCACUGGAGGAAGGUGGUGGAGGUGGUUUCCAAACUCAACCGCUGCGACAUGACGACUUGAAAGAGAUGCUGGACAGCAACAAAGACUCCCUGAAGCUGGAGGCAAUGAAGCGGAUUGUAGCUAUGAUUGCCCGAGGUAAAAAUGCAUCAGAUCUCUUCCCCGCUGUGGUGAAAAACGUGGCUUGUAAAAACAUAGAGGUGAAGAAGCUGGUCUAUGUUUACUUGGUGCGUUACGCUGAGGAGCAGCAGGAUCUUGCUCUGCUUUCAAUUUCCACGUUUCAGCGAGGUCUGAAGGAUCCGAACCAGCUGAUCAGAGCCAGCGCCCUGCGAGUCCUCUCCAGCAUAAGAGUAACAAUCAUCGUUCCAAUAAUGAUGUUGGCCAUCAAAGAAGCUGCUUCGGAUAUGUCUCCGUAUGUCAGGAAGACCGCAGCACAUGCAAUCCCUAAACUAUACAGUUUGGAUCCUGAACAAAAAGACCAGCUGAUUGAAGUCAUAGAGAAACUCCUCGCUGACAAAACCACGUUGGUGGCAGGAAGCGUUGUGAUGGCUUUUGAAGAGGUGUGUCCGGAGCGCAUUGAUCUAAUCCACAAGAACUACAGGAAGCUGUGUAAUCUCUUGAUUGAUGUUGAGGAGUGGGGGCAGGUCGUCAUCAUCAACAUGCUAACCCGCUACGCCAGAACGCAGUUUCUCAACCCAAACAUCAAUGAGUCCCUGCUGGAGGAGGGAGGCAGCGGCGAUAAGACCUUCUACGGCUCAGAUGAAGAUGAGGAUGAAGACGAAGAGGAGAAGGAGAAGAAGGCCGAGGCUGCUGCCAUGGCUAAGAGGAAGCCAUAUGUGAUGGAUCCAGACCACCGGCUGCUACUAAGGAAUACCAAACCGCUCCUGCAGAGCCGCAACGCAGCUGUGGUGAUGGCUGUGGCUCAGCUGUAUUUCCAUCUGGCCCCUAAAGCGGAGGUUGGUGUGAUUGCCAAGGCCCUGGUCCGUCUCCUGAGGAGCCACAGUGAAGUCCAGUAUGUUGUUCUUCAGAACGUGGCAACAAUGUCCAUUAAGAGACGGGGGAUGUUUGAACCAUAUCUGAAGAGUUUCUACAUCCGCUCAACAGAUCCAACUCAGAUCAAAGUCCUAAAGCUGGAGGUUCUAACCAAUCUGGCCAACGAGACAAACAUUUCCACCAUCCUCAGAGAAUUUCAGACAUAUAUUAAAAGCAUGGAUAAAGACUUUGUGGCUGCAACAAUCCAAGCCAUUGGUCGCUGUGCUACCAACAUCAGCGAGGUGAGGGACACAUGUCUGAACGGUCUUGUGCAGCUGCUCUCCAACCGAGAUGAGUUGGUGGUUGCCGAGUCAGUGGUUGUUAUCAAGAAGCUGCUGCAGAUGCAGCCGGAGAAGCACAGCGACAUCAUAAAGCACAUGGCGAAACUAACCGACAACAUUCAGGUGCCAAUGGCACGGGCAAGUAUCCUGUGGCUGAUUGGAGAAUACUGUGAGCAUGUACCUAAGAUCGCCCCAGAUGUUCUAAGGAAGAUGGCCAAGUCAUUCACUAAUGAAGAGGACAUUGUGAAGCUUCAGAUCAUCAAUUUGGCAGCCAAGCUAUAUCUGACCAACUCCAAACAGACUAAACUGCUGACGCAGUAUGUUCUCAACUUGGCCAAAUACGACCAGAACUACGACAUCCGCGACCGGGCACGCUUCAUUCGCCAACUCAUUGUGCCCACCGAGAAGAGUGGAGCCCUAAGCAAGUAUGCUAAAAAGCUGUUCCUCGCCCUCAAACCUGCACCCGUCCUUGAGUCUCCUUUUAAAGAUCGAGACCACUUCCAGUUGGGUUCACUCUCCCACCUGUUGAAUGCCAAGGCUGGGGGCUACCAGGAGUUGCCUGACUGGCCUGAAGCUGCCCCUGACCCCUCCGUGCGCAACGUGGAGGUGAAGGAGUCUGUUUUUACGCUGCUUGAAAGAGUCACAACAUUAACAAGUGUGCCUGAGUGGACCAAAUGCAGUAGCCGUGAGAAGAGGAAGGAGAAGAAAGUAGAAAAGCCGUUCUACACCGACUCAGAGGGAGAGUCUGGUCCUACGGAGUCUGCUGACAGUGAGUCAGACUCUGCCAGUGGCUUGGAAAGCAGCAGUGGCAGCGAGGAGAGCGGGUCGGGAUCAGAGAGCGAAGAGAGUAAGGAAGCCUCCGAGUCUGAGGAAGAAGAAGAGGAGGAGGAAGAGGAACAGAAGAAGAAAAAAAAGAAAGAUCUAAAGAAGCCAGUGCAAGAAAGCGAAAGUGAGCAGAGCAGCGAAGAAGAAGAGAGGAAGCACCAGAGGAAGAGUAAACCGCGCAAGAGCGAGUCAGAGUCUGAAUCUGACGAAGAUGAGGAAAGCGAGUCUGAAAGCAGCCAGUCAGAGUCUGAAGACUCGGAGUCAGAGGCUGAGGUCAAGAAGAAAAAAAAGACGGCUGAAUCUAAACCUCCUCCCAAGCCUCUCAAGAAAGAGAGCAAGAAAGAAAAGAAAGAAAUGUCUCUGCUCGACCUUGAUGAUUUUGAACCUGCUCCCUCACCACAAGUCACACCGGUCAACACCUUCCUAUCCAACAGCCUCGUGACCGACCUGGAGGGGCUGUCUUUGUCUGACUCUGUCCUCUCCCCAGCAACCAUUGCUCCCUCCAGCGCGCUGAAGAGCUACGAGCUGCUUCACCGGAUCACGGGUGAGGGUCUGUCGGUGGAGUACUGUUUCAGCCGGCAGCCUUUCAGCCCUGACGCCAACAUGGUGGCGGUGCAGAUGCAGUUCACCAACAGCGCCUCUUCCGACACCAAGAACCUGCACAUAGAGGAUGUGAAGCUCCAGUCUGGGAUGAGGGUCAAGGAGUUCCCAGAGAUCGAGCUACUUCCGGCAGGUGAGACGGCCACAGCUGUGAUGGGCAUCGAUUUCUGUGAUUCAACGCAAGCAGCAAACUUCCAGCUGUGCACUCACACCAGGAAAUUCUUCGUGUCGAUCCAGCCACCUGUCGGGGAGCUGAUGAGGCCCGUCUUCCUGACAGAGAACGAGUUUAAAAAGGAACAAGGUCAGCUGAUGGGCAUGAACGAGAUCACAGAGAAACUAACUUUGGACGUCAAGUGCCGAAACGAACACGCCAUCGUCCAGAGAGUGACCACCGCUGCCAACCUCAGCAGAGUGCCCUGUGGGUCAGAUAAAGAGUGCAGGUUUGCAGGCAGGACGGUGACCAGUGGCAGCUUGGUGCUGGUCACCGUGGCAACCAAAGAGGAAGGAGCCGCCCAGCUGACGGUCAACUGUGAGAAAAUGGUGAUCGGCACGAUGCUGGUGAAAGACAUCCUCCAGGCUCUAACGCAGUGACGCGAACCAGCUCUCCAGCUUUGAACUCCGCCUCCACCUGUACUUCAGCCAUCCCUCACAUAUCAUCUAAGACUUGUCAGUGUAGCAUCUCCUGCGAGCCGUGUCAGUGAGGAAGCUUCCACAACAUUUGUUUUGUUAGAAGAGCCCCAAACCUUUAGAAAUGACUCCCAGAGACAGUGAAUGCCACACCUGGACCUGACAAUUAAAACUGAACCUGAAUGUUUUUACUUGCUUUCCAAAAAUACUAAUUUCCGAACGUUUUGGGGUUUUUUUUUCUUUCCUUGAGGAGCUAAUUGGACUUACUGGACUCACAUUUACUUAAUCUAAACCUUUUUUUCUUUAGUAUAAAGUUAAUGUCAGAAUUUGUUUCCUGGAUAAACAUUAAUCGAGGCUGCAGGUUUAUUCUUGACUUUGAAAAAAAACAGUGGCUCUGAAACGUUCAGCCACAGCCUGUGAUCUUCCUCAGUGGAGGCAGUUGCUCAGUUGUCAUCGACAAAGACUGAAUAAACUGCAUUUUUCAUCAUUUGUGAAAUCAAAAUCAGCUACAGCGACGACUAAGUCAUCCGUGAUAUUCAAAUCCAAUUUGUGAUGCUAGAUUUUUCUGUGCUCUCACCUGGUACAUAAUAAAAUCUGAAGUAGGACACAUCUUUUAAAAAAAUCCAGAAGAAUCUUCAAUCAGUAGUAGUAACUGGACUCAUCCGCCUUCUGUUAAUGCUGUAGUCAGGCUUUACAAAGAUUAGGUGAGCAAAAAAUAAACAAAAACAUGUGCAGUAAGAUGUUCACUAGGUUCAGGCUAUUAACACUGUGCAGUAAGAAUAUGUGACUCUUGGCGAUCAGGACACUUUAUUUUCCCAAUAAAGUGGUCCUACACCAUAAACGUCGCUCACUCACGAGCUCCCUUGAUUUUUUUUCUUUUAAAUCUCAGGCUAGAUUUAAUCCAAGUGUAGGAAACUGAAAUAAUCCCAUCUACAUUGCGACUGCUGGUUUUAUAUACUUUUUGCUUUUAUUCCAACUUUAUGUAUAUCAGGUAAUGACUAAACCAUCUCUAUGACAAAUGAGCAACAUCAUACGCUGGGGAAAGACUGGACCUCCACAGGUUUUCGUCGGAACUAAAGGAGGUCUUUCUAUGGUGUUAACAUGAAGAUGAAACAACUUUCAGUUCAGUUCAUUUUAUUUAUAUAGCUACA